AUGAAUAUUGAGGAGACGCAGAAAGAGAAAAAAGAAGGCCACAUUGGGAGAAAAAACUCUAUUUACGUGGGGGACAUUCCCACGGCAACAAGCGAGUCGGAUCUGUUCCAGAUUUUCUCGGUGAUAGGGCAAAUAUACACAAUUGUGAUUCCCAGAAAAGAGGCAUCUAUAGCAAAAAACAAGUGCUAUGCGUAUAUCACAUUUUUUGACGCCGCGUCGGUGCCUCUUGCCAUAGAGGCGUUCAACUUCUACGAUCUAAAGGGCUCUCAGAUUCGGGUCAUGCCUUUGGACAAGGAAAGCGUGGUCAGCAACAAGGAGGGAAACAUUGUUAUAAAGAACCUUCCAAAGGAGAUGGACAACCAGACGCUGUACGACACGUUCAUUAUAUUCGGGUCUAUCGUGAGCUGCAAAGUGCACAAAAACAGCCUGGGCGAGUGCAGCGGGGUUGGGUACAUACAGUACAAGAACCCAAAGGUUGCAGAGAUGGCGAUCGGCAUGAUCAACAAGAUCGUUCUGCAGGGGAAGAAGCUGUCGGCAAUACAGUGCAUCCCAAGCCAGCAGCGCGAGAAGAAAAAGGAGGCUAUCGAGAAGACCUUCACAAACGUGUACGUUAAGAACUUCCCAAAGAACGCCCAAGAGGGGGCUGUGCGGGGCGUUCUGGAGAAGUUUGGAGAACUGACGUCCUUCCUGGCGCCUCUUGCCGAGUCGGGGGAGCCCAAGGGAUUCGCGUUUGCGAACUACAAGCGGCACGAGGACGCGCAGGCGGCCAUUGACGCGCUGCACGACAAGGCGUUCCCCGGGCGCACCGAAGAGGAGGGAAAGCUGUACGUGCAGAGGGCAAAGCCGAAGACGGAGCGGGUGGAGGAGCUCGCCGAAAUGUUCUCGAACGCGCCGCAGGACCAGGAGUACAGAAGAAACGUGUACAUCACGAACCUUCCUGGGACAGUCGACGAGGAGGACCUGCUGGCCUACAUGGGAGCUUUUGGAAAGAUUAUAAGCUACAAGGUGGGGACAGACACGAAAAACAACAGGUCGUACGGAUAUGUGUUCUACGAAACAAGGGAGGCAGCAGCAGCCGCGGUUGAAAAGGGAAACAAGAGCGAGUAUUGCGGGCAGCCGCUGGAAAUUACCUUUUUCAAGAGCAAGAAGGCGAGGGAGAUGGAGAAAGCGUCAGCAAGCGUGUACAACAACGCGUAUGGAGCGCCUGCGGCUAAGAGCAAGAGGAAGGAGCACAUUUCGACACACAGUAACAGCUCUACAACUGGGUACCAACUGUACACGCUGAUACUGUCUCUUGCACCAAACUACACGGCAAAGAUAGAGCAGGCCGGAUUCAAAAACGACGAGGAGUUUGCUAAAAAGAUCACGGGAAUUAUUCUGGAGCUGGGCGCAGAAGAGGUGAAGAGGGCUGCCAUUUUGGGAAACGUGCUUUCAAACUAUGUUGAGGAGUCUUUGGAGGAGAUAAUCACGCGCAGGAGAAAAGACGAGGACAAAAAGGCUGUAGCCAUAGAAUAA